AUAAGUAAUAAAAAACCAACUUCAAAACACGAAUUGGUGUGUGAAGGGAGAAACACCACCUACCUUAUCCUGAAGGACUCAAGGACAACGCAAUGCCCACUUUGAACCUCUUCACCAACAUCCCCGUGGAUCCUGUUAUUGCUUCCGACAUUCUCAGGGAUGCCACCAAAGUUGUUGCAAAAAUCAUCGGAAAGCCCGAAUCCUAUGUGAUGAUUUUGUUGAAUGGUGGAGUGCCUAUUGCAUUUGGUGGGACUGAAGAGCCGGCUGCCUAUGGAGAACUGAUAUCAAUUGGCGGACUUGGUCCAAGUGUUAAUGCAAAACUGAGUUCUACUAUUGCACAAAUCCUUCAAACUAAACUAUACAUUGAUAGCUCCAGAUUCUACAUCAAAUUUUAUGACUCGGAGCGCUCAUUUUUUGGGUUCAAUGGCUCAACCUUCUGAUCAGUCUUUCACAUACUUGGGCAGUUUCUCAAGGAAAAAAUAUAUUUCAUCUUUCUGUGGAUUAUUACAAAUUUGUAUGCGUAAUUGUUGUGAACGAAUACAUUUGAUACAUGAAAAAUCGGAAAAUGAUCCUUUUGUGUCAUUUUCAUCUUUUCAAGAUUCAUCAAUUUA